AUGUUUCCCGGUCUCAGCCUGCCUCAUCCAGGUGGAAGACAGACUCCGUACACAAUUCCGCUCUCGCCGCCGGGCGAGCGGUUGGACUGCGACGUCCUGGUUGCCGGCAGCGGCAAUGCUGGGUUUUCAGCCGCCAUAUCAGCAGCCGAAUCAGGCGCUGGACGAGUUGUUCUGAUCGAAAAAUCCCCAGAAGAAUGGUCUGGCGGCAAUUCGUUCUUCACCGCAGGCGCAUUCCGUACCGUCCACGGUGGACUCGACGAUCUCCUCCCAAUCGUGAACAAUGUCGAUAAAGACACGGCACAGAUUACCGAUAUGGAACCUUACACCUCGAAGAAUUUUACGGACGACCUUCUCCGCAUGACAGCUAAUCGGACAGACGCAGAGCUUAGCAAGAUUCUUGUCCAAGAUUCAAAUUCAGCCGUCAAGUGGCUUGCACAUCACGGUGUGAGAUUUCAACUAUCGUUCAAUCGUCAAGCCUACAAAGUCGAUGGCCGAUACAAGUUUUGGGGAGGGAUGUCGCUCAAAACUGAAGAUGGUGGAAAGGGCCUUAUUCAGGAUCAUCUGACGGCGGCCCGCCGUCUCGGAGUGACUGUGCUCUAUUCAACCCCCUUGAAAGGCAUAAUCAAGGACCAGAAUACUGGAGCCGUUACCGGUGCUCGCGUUGAGCACAACGGCCAGGAGCGAAUCGUCAGAGCCAAAGCAGUGAUUCUAGCAGCUGGUGGCUUUGAAGCUAACUCACGGAUGAGAGCCCAGUAUCUCGGCCCUGGGUGGGAUCUUGCUCUUGUGCGCGGCACCCCUUUCAACGUCGGUGACUGCCUCGAAACUGCUAUUCGUGAUGUCUCCGCGAAGCAAGCUGGAAACUGGUCUGGCUGCCAUUCUGUCGCCUGGGAUGCCAAUGCUCCCGCCAAUUCUGGCGAUCGCGAAAUCUCCAAUCAGUUCACCAAGUCCGGCUAUCCUCUCGGCUUGAUGCUCAACUCUGAAGGUGAACGUUUCGUCGAUGAGGGCAUCGACAUGCGUAACUACACCUACGCCAAAUUUGGCAGAGCAAUCCUCGCACAGCCAGACAACAUUGCCUUCCAAAUAUGGGACCAGCAGACGAUCUCGUGGUUACGGCCGGAAGAGUACCGGCCGGAAAUUGUUGAGCACAUCACCGGCUCUACGAUCGAAGAGCUGGCAGAAAAAUGCGCCCAGCGCGGCCUACACAAUAAGGAGAACUUUGUCAAGACCAUUUCGGACUACAAUGAAGCAGUCUAUCAGAAUCGCAGGCAGAAUCCGAACGCGAAAUGGAACCCUGCAGUCAAAGACAGACUAUCUACACAGUCUCGUAACGGAGGACUUGCACUUGCGAAAACGAAUUGGGCGCUGCCAUUAGAUAAGGGCCCUUUCCUUGCAGUCAAGGUGUCUUGCGGCAUCACCUUCACUUUUGGUGGAUUGGCGGUAAACCCACAAACGGCUGCUGUGAUCUCUUCAGCGUCAAACAAGGAGAUUCCUGGAUUAUAUUGCGUUGGAGAGAUGCUGGGAGGCUUGUUCUAUGGCAACUAUCCUGGUGGUAGCGGUUUAACUGCCGGUGCCGUGUUUGGCCGGAGAGCUGGAGCAGCUGCUGCUGCAAGAGUUAGUCGGCAGUCCGUGGUGGAUAGAGCGAGGUUGUAAUAAAAAGAACUGGUUAAAUGUUUCAGACAUGCUGGGUUUAUAAUUCUGUUUUAAUUCGUUAUGUAUAUAAACUUGCAUGGAAGAUGUCAGUUGCAUAUAGACAGAA